AUGUUGUUGAUUAAUUCUGUUAGAGCCAAGUUGAUAUCAAUUUUAAGAGGUCUGCAGAUAUCUCUCAAAGUACUAGGUCUUCCAGAUGUUGUAAAAAGACAUGUAAUAGUGGAGUUCUGUUUCGAAAGAGCUUCUCUUAUAUUUUGCACAAUAUCGAGUUCCUACAAGUUGCAUAUGGUUCCAAUGAAGCCUUUGAACAUUUUGGUCAUACAUGAAGCUGCACAGUUAAAAGAGGCCGAGUCCACUAUUCCUCUUCAGCUUCCAGGGAUGAAGCAUGCUAUCCUCAUUGGAGAUGAGUGCCAAUUACCUGCAAUGGUUACAAGCAAUGUAUGUAUUGAAUCUGGCUUUGGACGGAGCUUAUUUGACAGACUGAGUUAUGCAUGUCAUUCUCGGCAUCUACUAAAUGUUCAGUAUCGAAUGCAUCCUUCCAUCAGUUUCUUCCCUCAUUGGAGGUUUUAUCAAAAUCAGAUCCUUGAUGCAGAAACUGUGUUAUGUGAAAAUUAUGAAAAGCAAUAUCUUUCAGGACCACUAUUUGGUUCAUAUUCAUUUAUAAAUAUUGUUGGAGGAAGAGAAGAAAAGGAUGAAGAUGGACAGAGCAAAAGAAAUAUGGUCGAGGUGGCUAUUGUGAUUAAGAUUUUAAAAAAUCUCUAUGAAGAAUGGAAAGACUCGAACAAGAAGCUUACUGUAGGUGUUGUGUCUCCUUAUGCUGCCCAAGUUGUUACAAUUCAAGAAAAACUUCCUCACAAGUAUGAGAAACUUGAUGGUUUUUCAGUAAAGGUGAAAUCGAUUGACGAGUUUCAGGGUGGAGAAGAAGAUAUUAUUAUUUUAUCAACAGUCAGAUCUAAUAGCCAUGGAUCUGUUGGAUUCAUGUCUAGUCCACAAAGGACUAAUGUUGCCCUCACCAGAGCAAGACAUUGUCUACGGAUUUUGGGAGACGAAAGAACCCUGACAAAUAGUGAAUCUGUAUGGGAAGAACUAGUUCAAGAUGCAAGAAAUCGCCAUUGUUUGUUUGAUGCUGAUUCUGAUGAAUGCUUGAAUAUAACUGUUAUAGAUACUAAGAAAGAGCUAGAGCAACUUGAUGAUCUGGUUAACGAGAAUAGUAUCCUUUUUAAACGUGCAAAAUGGAAGGUCCUGUUCAGUGAUAACUUCAGAAGAUCAUUUGGAAAGCUGACUACUGCUCGAUUGAAGAAGCUUGUUUUAAAUAUUUUAUUGAGACUCUCUGGUGGCUGGAGGCCCAAAAACCGAAGUGUAGACUUGCAUUGUGAAAAAUCCCAGCAUAUUUUGAAACAGUUCAAGGUUGCAGGGUUAUAUGUUAUAUGCACAACUGAUAUCAUCAAGGAAUUCAAUUAUGUGCAAGUUUUGAAGGUUUGGGAUGUAUUACCUUUUCAAGAGAUUCCAAAACUCACAAAACGUCUCGAGAGCAUAUUUAUGGCAUACACCAAUGAUUAUAUUUAUCGUUGUAGAGAAAGAUGCAUGGAGGGGAAAUUGCAAGUUCCUAAGAGUUGGAUGGCAUCCCAAGAAAUUACUCGAUUUUGUUCCAUAAGGAAUACUGAACUGAGCUCUGGCGAUGGUAAAAGUUAUGCUGAAAACUCUAAAGUAAAUGAAAGCUUGUUGCUUAUGAAGUUCUACCCCUUGUCGGAUGGGGUGGUGAAACAUUUGCUCUCUGAUAAAGAACAACAUGAUCUACCUUGCAAGUCAGUGAUGAACAAAUGGAGAUUAUUUUAUCUUCCAAAAGUUCUUUCAUAA